UUAAAGGGUCUGGCAAGCAAACCUGCACUUCCCGAGCGCGAAUUAACUCGUCCAGUGUGGACUGUGUGUGUGCACAUCCUCCGAACUCUAAUGAACUGACCAGGACCAUUGUUACCAGUUGAAAUGAGUUCUCAGAAAUGAGCAUAGUGCUGUUAGAGCCACCAUGUAACAGACGGAUGUGAGUCCAAGCUCAUCACUUCUUCAUGCCAACCCUCUUUGACUGGGUAGGAUCUUGUCUCUCCAUCGUUGAUCUGGAUUGCUGGCUGGCUAGGAGAAGGAGUUGUUCAUGUAGUGUUUUAGUUAAGCUGAGUCACCAUGAGUAGUAGUUUAGGAAAAGAAAAAGACUCUAAAGAGAAAGAUCCCAAAGUACCAUCUGCCAAGGAAAGAGAAAAAGAGUCAAAAGCCUCUGGAGGUUUUGGGAAAGAGAGCAAAGAAAAAGAACCUAAAACCAAAGGGAAAGAUGCCAAAGAUGGAAAGAAGGAGUCCAGUGCUGCCCAGCCGGGCGUGGCUUUUUCAGUCGACAAUACCAUCAAACGGCCAAAUCCAGCACCUGGCACUAGAAAAAAGUCCAGCAAUGCUGAGGUCAUUAAGGAGCUUAACAAAUGCCGGGAGGAGAACUCAAUGCGGUUGGACUUAUCCAAGAGGUCUAUACAUAUACUGCCACCAUCAAUCAAAGAGUUGACUCAACUCACAGAACUUUAUUUAUACAGUAACAAAUUGCAGUCCCUCCCAGCAGAGGUGGGCUGUCUAGUCAGUCUCAUGACGCUGGCUCUCAGUGAGAAUUCACUCACCAGUUUGCCUGACUCUCUUGAUAACUUGAAGAAGUUGCGGAUGCUUGAUUUACGGCAUAAUAAACUGAGAGAAAUUCCUUCAGUGGUGUAUAGGCUAGACUCUCUCACCACUCUCUAUCUUCGCUUUAAUCGCAUAACUACUGUGGAAAAGGACAUCAAAAACCUGCCGAAGCUCAGCAUGCUCAGCAUCCGAGAGAACAAAAUCAAGCAGCUGCCUGCUGAAAUCGGCGAAUUAUGUAACCUCAUUACCCUGGAUGUAGCUCACAAUCAACUUGAACACCUUCCAAAGGAGAUUGGGAACUGCACACAGAUAACCAACCUUGACUUGCAGCACAAUGACCUACUGGACCUCCCAGAUACAAUAGGAAACCUGUCCAGUUUAAAUCGCCUUGGCCUGAGAUACAAUAGAUUGUCAGCAAUACCCAGAUCAUUAGCAAAAUGCAGUGCACUUGAGGAGUUAAAUCUAGAGAACAAUAACAUUUCUACUCUACCAGAGAGUCUUUUAUCCAGUCUUGUAAAAUUGAAUAGCUUGACCUUAGCUAGAAAUUGCUUCCAGUUAUAUCCAGUGGGAGGUCCAUCUCAGUUUUCCACCAUUUAUUCCCUCAACAUGGAACACAAUCGAAUCAACAAAAUCCCAUUUGGCAUUUUUUCCAGAGCUAAAGUGUUAAGUAAGCUGAAUAUGAAGGACAAUCAGUUAACAUCACUUCCGUUGGAUUUUGGAACGUGGACCAGUAUGGUAGAGUUGAACUUAGCGACUAAUCAGCUCACAAAGAUCCCAGAGGACGUGUCUGGCCUCGCUUCUCUCGAGGUUCUGAUAUUAUCCAACAACCUUCUAAAGAAACUUCCCCACGGCCUUGGAAACCUUAGAAAGUUACGAGAGUUGGACCUGGAGGAGAACAAGCUGGAGUCCUUGCCCAAUGAGAUCGCGUAUCUCAAGGAUCUGCAGAAAUUAGUCUUGACAAACAACCAGUUGAGCACGCUUCCCAGAGGCAUCGGCCACCUUACCAACCUCACGCACCUUGGUCUCGGAGAGAACCUGCUGACUCACCUCCCUGAGGAAAUUGGUACACUGGAAAACCUAGAAGAACUGUAUCUGAACGACAACCCCAACCUUCACAGCCUCCCCUUUGAGCUUGCUCUCUGCAGCAAGCUGUCAAUCAUGAGUAUUGAGAACUGUCCACUCAGUCACCUCCCACCUCAAAUUGUUGCUGGAGGGCCUUCGUUCAUCAUUCAGUUCUUAAAGAUGCAGGGUCCGUAUCGUGCCAUGGUCUGAUAGAAACUGCUGGUCCCACACACUGUUCAAAAAUAGACUGCCAUUAAUCUUUCAUAUCUGUAUCUGUAUCUGUGUGGAUAUUGAUCUAUGGCAGAUUUAUAAAGACUGCAUUAUGUGUUUCUGCUAAUAGAGGAAUCAUAGCCAUUUAGAUUUUUUUAAUUCUGUAAAGAAAAAAAAAAGCUUAUAUAAGUUUUCUUUGCUAAGUUUGAUUUUUCUGUUGUGUAAUCUGAUAUGCCAGUUUGUUUAAAAAUCUUCCAACAAAUUAUGAAAUCAUUAAAUUUAAGGGACAAAAUAGUAUAGUUAAAUAUAUGUUUCUCUUAGGAAAAUGUGGGCCAAAAAUUUUGUUGCAUCUUUUCAUAUAUACAUUUCCCCUUAAAAUUGUCAUAUCUUUAUAACAGCAUAGACCCUGAAGGUAGAAUUUUUCUUUAACUUAUUUUGAAAUUUGAAAUUUAAAUUUUAUAUAUUGUUUACAAUCGGAGUGAAUCACUGGAUUAAUUUGAUUUGCUCUGUUUUAAUCACAGAGUUUAUAUUCUGUUAAAGAAUUUUCAUCAGUUUAAAUAUUAAAAGAUACUUUGUUGAAACAGCUGGCAAACAGAAAAUAUACAUUUAGAAAUCAGAAUUUCCAUUAGUUUUAUUUUUCCAGUGAACUGUAAAGCAAAUAUCUGAAGUGAAUCUUUGGGGCGGGGGUACUGGAACGUUUCCUAGAAUAAGUAUGUUUCACUGUGUGGGAGCAGAAAUCUGUGGUGAAAGGUUUUCCUUUUCUUUUUUCUUCUCUUCUCUUCUCUUCUCUUCUCUUCUCUUCUCUUCUCUUCUCUUCUCUUCUCUUCUCUUCUCUUCUCUUCUCUUCUUUUCAUUCCCAUUCCUGAAAGUUGCAGAUCCACAAAAAUUUAACAGAAAUUUGGCAAGGAAAUAAAUAACACAUAAACACACAUUCUAUAUAUGUAUAUACAAUGCCAUAUAGAUAUGUAUUUAUUAUGUCAUAAACUACAAUAGGUAACGUUAAAGACCUCUCCCUUCACUUGUACAUUGAGAUGAGUGUCUCUCGAAAGACUGCAGUACAUGUGCGUUUCAAGUUCAGGUAACAGUGUACUAUGGUUUUAUAUCUAGGCUCGCCUUGUCCAUCUGUCUGUUCGGGGGUAUCUGUGUCUAAGCACAAUAUCUUCACACUGUGCUGUAUUGCUGCUGAACUAAAUGCACUUUCCCCAUCCGCGGGGCCCUGGCUUCAAACAACUCAGUUCAGUCCUGUUACCUUCAGUCUCGUCGCUCCUUGGGUAGUGGUGGUAGUACAGCUACGGAGAAUGGCACAUUGCAUUGACACCAUUGGGAGUUCCGUGGCAGUUAUGUAGGACGUGCAUGGACUCUUUGAUAAUGUUUUCUUUUGCUUUUCUGCCUUUAUGAAUAUCCACUGUAAAUGUGUACCCCUUAUGUAGCAUUCUUAUUUUUGGUAGUGUUUGUCUUAAGUCAAUUUAAUUAUUGAGAACUCCCCCACCCCCAGAACAGGCGCAUCCUCGAUACAAUCCUGAAACACACCUUCCAUACAAUGAAUGACUAUUAUACAUAAGGAAAUAUUGCUGCUUGUUCUUUUGUGCACCCCCCACCCCCAUUUUUAAGUAUUUUGUCCUAAACUGUUUUUAAAAAUUAAAACUGUAAUAUCAAGAUAAACAUUUGGAUUUUUGCUUUUCCUGGCACUCAAACUCAAGACUGGGUUUGAGGUCAAAUCUGUGUUCAUAAUUGUUCAAAUUUGUAAGGAACAACUAAGAAAUGGAAGGCAGGUAAAGAUAUAAAACCCUAGAAUACCUAAAUGUGCUGUAAAACUAUUGUAGAUGUUCACUGGAUUUUACAAAGUAAUAGCCUUUCUCCUUUUCCAUCUACUGUGGCUUUUCAGUUAAGAUUUUGUUUAUAAAAGGAAUUUAUUACAGUUCUA